ACAGUUCCUCACGUGAAGAGUUCGUCCUGGUUUGCACUCCAAUGUCGUUUGUGUAACGACUCUCUUGGCAGGCUAAAUCAAACACAACGGAGAUCUACUAGUAUCAGAAAGUUCCGCGAUUUCAGGGAAUCCUGGCUGCUCGCAGCAGAAGUUGUAGCUCCUGGAUUGCUAGUACCAGAGAAGAGGCAACAUGCCUCGCGCAAAAUCUCUCUCGCGCCCCUCCAUCUCCGACAAGGCCACGGCCGCCAGCGCAGCCGUAAUGGAGCGAGGCAAGGACGUUCUUGUCGAUGCAGUGCUGGCACUGUACGACGAAUGCUCCAAGGAGGCGGAAAGAGACAGGAAUGCUUCACGCUUCGUUGAACAGAACAAUGAACUUGUCAGUGAGCUGCGCUGCUUGCAGACCCGGCUGAGCGACUUCAAGGGUUGCGGUAUGAUCGGCCGCGGCUGUUUCGGCGAGGUGCGUGUUGUAAAGGAAGUGCGUACCGGCGGCGUGUAUGCGCUGAAGUCCACGAGCAAGCAGGACGCUCUUCAGCAGAGCCAGUGCUUGGCCUUACAGCACGAGAAAGAGAUACUGGAGCGCAACAAGUCUCCAUUCCUCGUUCAGCUACGCUGUUCCUUCCAGGACACUGGCUACUUGCAUUUCGUCAUGGACUACGCGCCUGGCGGUGACCUCAUAGCACACUUACGGAGACAAGAGUCCGGUUGUCUGCCCGAACAUCAUGUCAGAUUUUACUUAUCCGAAGUAGUAGCUGCACUAGAUGCUGUGCAUCAGCUGGGCUUUGUGCAUCGAGAUGUCAAACCGGAAAAUAUGCUUGUUGCCACGACUGGUCACCUCAAGUUGGCUGAUUUUGGCUGCGCUGCCAGGCUGGACCCGAAUGGAAUGGUAACCGGCAUAAUGUCAACAGGAACACCAGAUUACAUGGCUCCUGAAGUGCUUGCUUGUAUGGAGCUGCCCUCGAACCCAGAUGCCUCAAUGUGCGCCAAGCCUUAUGGUGUGAAGUGUGACUGGUGGUCGAUGGGUAUAUCCAUGUUUGAACUGCUGGUUGGUCAGCCACCACGCUGUGAUCGCGAGGAGAGUACCAACAACCUAGGACAGGUGAUUUCCAACACAAACAAGCUGGAUCUACAGAAUCUGUUUGAUGGCGCCGACAUCCAGGUGUCCGACGCAGCCAAGAGUUUCCUGUGUCAGCUGGUGUGCCCCAGCGAGGAACGCCUGGAUUUGACUGCCAUCCGGGCCCAUGAGUUCUUCUGCGGUGUGGACUGGAACAACCUUGAAGCAGCCACCCCGCCAUUUGUUCCUAGUCUGUCCUCACCCACGGAUACAUCAUACUUUGAUCAGAUCGACGAUCUGGCCCAGGCGUCCCUUCCACCGCCCACGCCGCCUCCACCGCACCGCAACGGCAUUCGUACGGACGACCUGCCCUUCGUCGGCUUCACGUGCUUUCCACACGCACCGUCGAGCAAGCUGUCACCGAUGGCUGCUCCUCCGCUGACCUCGCUCACUCCGGUUUCGUCGGCCAAUUCUGGACGACGGUCACCAAGGAGUGUACGUCGCACGUCCACGCCCACCACCGUGCCGGGCAUCAGCCCGAUCUGCAAGCCAACACCCGGCCCGCGCAAGCGUGCGCACUCAGACGGCAACGACGACAACAGCAGCGGCACCACCACCGCCACUGAGGAGCGUCGCCAUGACAGCAGCAGAGUCCCGCUGGUGGCGGUCGACGGGGAGUUUCUGACGCUGCCCACCAAGCAGCAGCAGCAGCAAGCUAGCCCGUGCCCCACGAUGUCCGUCAGCUGCGUGUCCGACUCGUCCGUGAUGCAGACGCGCCUCAUCGACCUGCAGUCGGACGUGGCCAGUCGCGACAACGUCAUCGCGUCACUGGAGCGCCAGCUGGGCGACUGUAGACACUCGCUGCAGGAGGCCACGUCACGACGCAAGGACGCCGAGCGCAGCAGCGAGGAAAACCGGGUCGCGCGGGAGCUGGCCGUGGCUAAACUAGACGAUGUUACUGAGCAGCUUGACAUGGUGACGGCCGAAAACCGCGGCCUCUCCAAUGAGAUCAAGCUCUUCCUGGACAGCAAGAAGGAGUGGGACAAGGAAAAACAAUCUGUCAGUGAGCAAGCCACCAUGGAGCUCUCCGUGGUGCACCACAUGGCCGAGCGAGAACGCCUCAACUCUCAGAAACGCCUGGCGUUCAAGGACAGCGAGAUCAAGGAGCUGAAGACGGCGAACGGCGACCUGCGCUGUCGUGUUGCCUCGCUGGAGAAACGACUUCAGGUGAAGUCCACCGACGCGCUCACCGGUCUCGAUGAGGUCAAGAAGCGUCUCGCCGAGGUGUCGUCCUCGUCCAAGGAGCGCAUCGCCGCGCUGCAGAGCGACCUGAAGACGGCGCUGGAGGUGCGAGCCACGCUGCACGAGGACAUUGCACGACUGCAGGACACGCGCCAGGCGCUGGAGGACGAGAAACGCGGGAUCACGGAGAAAUUCACCAAGGAGCGCGAACAGUUCACUACAAACUCCUCGGCUACGCAGAAAGAAUGUGAGAAGCUGACGCAGCAGGUGGCAGAACUAACCAAGCUCGCAUCCGCAUCUGAAGAUCAUAAUCGUCAGUUAGCCAAGCUGGAAGAGCUCCUUCUUGGCAAGGCCCAGUGCUGUGCUGACCUGAUGACUCGUGUUUCUACUCUUGAAGACGAGCUGGAGAAGAUCCAGUCCGACAAGCAGGCCGUGGAGUCGGCCGAGUGGGCCCUGGCCGAAGAGAACAAGAAGCUGGAGCAGAAACUGGCCGAGUACCGCUCCAUCAUCGCCUCCUCUCCUGCGCUGCCUGCAGUAUCCGUCACUGUCACCGCUGACAGCUCCACAUCACCGUUGGCAACGGCUCCGGCGCAGACCACUACCAUGGAAACGCAAACGGCAAUGAGCGGCGGCGCUGACGCCCUCACCCCCGAGGAAAUUGAGCUGCGGCCCGUCAUUCUCAGGACCACAUCGUCGUCGUCGCAAACCACUUACGCCGCCGCUCUGCUUGAAGACGAGGAGCACAAACUUGCCACGUCCAUCGCUAGUGAGGUGUCUGAGAAGCAGAAAGAACUCUUUGAUCAGCAAGAACAGAGUAUCUCGUCUCUCAAGCAAAUGUAUCAGCAACUAGUGAAUCGUCUUGAUGAGCACAGUAAUAAAUCUGUGUCCCAACAAGAAGCAACCAAGAUGAGCUUCCAUUUGGAGCUCAGACAACAGCUGGCAGAGGCACAGCAGAAGCUGGGUGCAUCCGAGGAGCAGCGCCGCAGUCUUGAAGAAGAGAUGGAGAAGAUGGCUAGAGAGAUCCGAGUAUCACAGCGUCAGAACAAGACGGAGAAGGCAGACUGGACGGCCGCUCAAGACAAGCUGAACUUGCGCCUUGACUACCUGAGGUCGGAGCUGCGCAGCACCAGAGAGUCAUCUCGCGCAUCCAGAAGAGAACUCAAUGAAGCAGUCGCUAAGCAACAGGCAGCGACCAAUCAGCUGGAUGAGUUGAAGAUGGAAAGCUCGGGAACCAUUGGUGACUUACGUCGCAGUCUUGCUGAGUCUGAGGCCAAGUGUACACAGCUUACUGACGGCUUGGGUGCCGCUAAGAUACGCAUUUCGUCCUUGGAGCAGGGAGAAUCCAGAGCUGACUGUCUGGCGGUUGAGCUGAGGGUUCUGCAGUCCGGCAAGCAGGCAUUGAUGGAGCAGAUCAACAAGCUGGAAGCAGCACGCAACGACCUUGUAGGCUGGAAGGCCAAGGCCGAGGAGCAGCUGGCGGAGAAACAACAAAGAUUGGAGUCGGCUGACCUGACAAUACAACUGUUGAAGAAGACUACGUCCACGCUUGAAACACAGACGGAGGACUGGGAGAUUCUGCACGACGAGGUCGCCGAGAGGGAGAAGAAGUCACUCAAACAGCUUGAAUCAGUCCGUCAGGAGCUACACAGUACAGAGGAGACCCUUGCGGAGGUGCAAUCACUACUGGAGACGGAGCGUGACACACACGCACGUGCUCGCAGUGACCUCACCACCGCCUCCCAGGCCAUCAAGUCCGGUCUGGAAGAGCGACAGCGACUACAGGCAGAGCUCACUGCUAUUCUAGAUCAGCUUAAGAACAGCCAGCGUGCGUGCGCCGUUCUCAUCUCUGAGAAGAAGGUACUGGAGCAGAGUCUUGAAGGAGAGCUGGAGCGUAACAAGAAGUCCGAGGAUGAGAAUUUCAAGAUGCAGAGAAUGCUGUCCAUCGAGCAAGCCUCUGUUACCAGGCAGCAGGGCGAGAUCGCCAAGCUUCAGUCCGAAGUGGCCCAGCUAGCCGAGGCGCGGGGCAAGUUGACCGAAGACCUGGACACCCGCGUCACCGAGGAGAUCCGACUGCGCGAGAUGUCACAGCAGCAGCUCAAGCUCAUCAACUUCCUCCAGGAUCAGAACGACGCUGCUGGUACCGGCAAGCCUCUACACAAGACACCGAGCAGGCGUUUCCGCGGAGAAACGGGAAUUCCCCUGUUCUCCUCGCACAGCAGCUUCCGCAAGAACGACGUGACCACCACCGCUGGAGCACCGGCAACGCGCUCUGCCGCGUCAACCCCCGCUGCUACAGCUGGCGGCGAGACCAACACCGCCGCCGCAGCCCCGUCGUCAAUGGACAGUACUGUCACCACCGGCAACACAGCAUCUAGCACGGCCGCGACAUUGCCUCUCGUCGCCGAGAAGACAGCAGCCGGCAAGAGAUCCGCCGCCGUCGCCGCCGCCAAUGAGGAUGACUCCGCCGCUACCGCUGCUACUGCACCGGCUGCCAAGCGAAAGAAACACGGCGUUCCGAAAAUCCUAGAAUCUAUUCGUCUACGCAAGGACAAGGAUGCACGUGCCAUUCCGGUCGUUGUCCGCCGCUCCUCUCCCACAUGUCGUGGUAGCACCAGCAACUACACCUUCCAUGACAGCCCUAGCGGCUCUCAGGCAGCCUUCCCCGAAGGCCUUGCCAGCACGCCCAAGGCAUCACCGGAAAUGGACGGAUUCCUGGAGAUAGCCAAUGACCCUAAGGGUGAGAAAUGGACCAGUCGCUAUGUGGUGCUGACUCCCACCCAGCUGCGUUGCUUCCACACGCAGAUUGACAGCGCAACAGGUCUGCCUUGCGACACAUUCCCGCUGUACGUCAAGCAGGACUCGCUCGUCGCUGCCGUGCUCAAGCGUAACAUCUUCUCGCCGGAGCUGCCGUCGGUGACGGUGCAGGAGCGGCAGCUGUGCUUUGCGCUCACGCUGCUGCCCAAGUCGCACGCGUUCAGUGUGGUGUUCCGCUGCCCGGAUCGCCGCGCCAAGACGCGCUGGGCCCGCGCGCUGCAGCUGGCGCUCUCCACCACGCCGAGCCGCGAGCAGCUGGCGUUGAUCUCUGGCGGCGAGGAGGAGGAGAGUCGCUGUCAGCUGCGAACGCUGCACACCGAGCCACCCGCUGCUGCUCCUGCUGGUCCUCGCCACCAGCACCAGCUGCAGAGAGGGCAUUCCUCGGGACAGCUGUCGGGCAUCUCAUCGGCCAUUCACCUCAGCGAUGAUAACUGGCUGUUGGUGGCGGACGGCAGUCUGGCCGUGUUCACCCCCGUGUCGGGCACGGGAACGGACGCGGCGCGCGGCCAAGUGCUGAAACUGCCCUCGUCUCUCGCGCCCGUGCACCACAUCGCGCGCAGCUCCUCCGACGUCAUUGUCAUUGUCGCGGGGUCUGAACGACGCCUGCACCUGUGCCACGUCCACCACGUCAUGGCGCUGGUGCAGGAGAUGGCGUCCAGCAGUGCGGGUCACGACAAGCUGAGUCUCAGCGUGACGUCCAGCCAACUGACACAGUGCAUGUGCUUGGCUGUGCAGAAGGUGCAUUCCAAGACAUUGCUGGCGGUGGCAAACACCACAGCUGUGGAUAUCUACCGGGUGGAACAGUCACUCAGUAUUGUUGAUGAGGGUACAAUUGACAUUCCCACCCAGCCAACAUCCAUCACCUCAUUUGUAUUCACACCUACCACUCUAAUCAUUGUGGGAGACGAUGUCCACUCGGCGCAACUCAGCAACUUUGAGCACAUGUCCUUCAUUCGGGACUCCUCGAGGGCACCGAACAUGGCGGGAAAGACUCCUCGCUACGUUUUCUGUGUUGCUGCCACCGAUGAAGAAGAUGAGGAUGAGUUCGUUGUCUGCUAUGAUGAAUUUGCCAUCUUUCUGAGUGCCAAUGGCCACUCGGCGCGAACCAUGCGCUUGGAGUGGCCGUCGACUGCGACCAAGUUUGGUGUGAGUGGCUCGACGUUGUUUGUUGGUCAGCGCAGCGGUAUUCGCUACUUCAACUUGCAUUCUGGAAAGAGUGGUCUGCUUGAUGUCAAGUCUCCCGUUCUCCUGAACACCAGCCAGUGCACGUCCACGCUGCGAUCGGACAGCACAACACCGCCAUUGCUACUGCUGGAGUCAGCAUCGGCCAGCAGCAACACCGGGGACGAGGCGGCUACUCGUCUGGUCUCGCUGACGGACUACAGGGACGACGCCGAUAGCAUUCUCUCCUCCAUCAUCUCCGCGUCGCCGGUGAUCUCCGGUUUCCGCCGAAACGCCCAGCGUCUCAGCUCCGAGUCCUUCACCACCACCACCACCGCUGCUACCGCUGCUGCUGCCAUCGUCCCCGCCGCAAGUACCACCGCCGUUAGUAGCGGCAAGGAGAAGAAGAGCGGGCCAAAGUCGUCCUCGUCGACCACGGCAAUCAACACGGUCGACGAUCCGCUGUCCACGUCGCGCCCGCGUUCGUCAACUCUGGCGUCUCGUCCGUCAACACGUCUAUUCAAGCGCAGCAAGGGGAUGGGCCCUUCCACUUCAUCCACUUCCUUAGCUGACAAGCUCACCACGAAACUGCGGCGUUGAAGUCACUUGCUUUUUGCAAAGUGCUCCUCAAGUUAUGUGGCAGCAGCGCCAUGUUCAACCCGUUUGAACUGGGUGAGUUGUUCACAAGAGGAAGGCAUGUGCGCGCGCGUGUGUGUGCAUGUGUGUGUGCAUGUGUGUGUGUGCGUGCUUUCAGUGAACCUCUGGCCGUAUUGUGCCCUUCCCCCCCCCCCCCCCCCCCAACAUGCACAGUCGUACCCGAUGAGUUUUGCUGUGCCUCUACCUGGCGCACAGGAUGGUUGUCUCAUGGCCUGAGUUAUGCCUGUGUUGUUAACAACACGUCUUUGCCGCGCACGAUUGCAAAGGGCACAGCCGUCCAUACCGUCCCGGCUACUACUGAUCAAUGAUUAAUUUAAUUAACCGAGUCCCACGCUAUACUGGCUUUCUGAGAAUGACAAUAUUGUUGACCAAACCAGAUCUCUCUCUCUCUCUCUCUCUCUCUCUCUCUCACGCACACGUACACACACGCACACGUUCCUCCAUCAUCUUGCUCAUGCAUCCAUUGCACCGUAAUCAUCAUCAUCAUCAUCAUCAUCUUCACACAUCACUAUCCCAUUGUUUGCCGGAUUUCCCUACUGGUCAUAGUCCCAUCAACUACUUUGAUUAUAAUAUAUAUAUACCACUUUAAAAGCUUGUUGUCUAUCUUCUCAUCGGUAACCGCCAGUAGACACCGUCUUGAAACACUAGUACAUUACCGUGUAUUCUGAGUCUAAUUUUCUUUCUCGUUCAUCUCCUACCGUUUCUUCGCAAUUCGAAGACCUUCCGCUGCACUUGACUUGGAUCCCUUUCUAGAAUGUGGGGUUUCGCAUUGUUUCCUUCCACUCGAAUUUGCCCUUUCAAUCUGAUUUGUUCUUUUUCCGGUACUUUAUUUCCACUACUGAUAUUUCAUGUUAGAACAUGCGUGAAAGAUUCCGUUUUAUGCGUAUUUGUAAUGCUUUUCCGCUUUGUUUUCCGAACAUUGUGAGUUUUAUUCUGCCGGAAUUACGUGCCCCGAAUCCUUUCCGUUUGCUUGUGUCGCACCAAUGCUGCGCUGGACACGCACAUACAGAGUCUACCCUCGCGUGAUUUCCGCGCGACUGCACCGAACGCGUGCGCGCACGCAACUCUC